GACCUGAGAAUUGUUCUUGUUGGAAAAACUGGAUCUGGAUAAAGUGCUUCUGGAAACACCAUCCUGGGAAAUCCAAGUGCCUUUAAACAACAUUUCAGUGUGAAACAUGGAGGGACAACAACAUGACUCCUAACAGGUUAAGAGUGCAUGCCAAAAGGGGAUUGGUCCUUUUGCACAAAGUCUCCAUAUAAGCCUUCGGACAGUUUAAGUUUCACUUUCCAGGGAAACCAUUGCGUUAAAAAGAGGGGGAGGGGGGAGUAACACAGCACAAAUAAGUACAGGCACACUGUGAUCUGGGGGAAAAGGUUGAGAAAAGCAAAGACAGAUUUUGUGCAAUAAGUCAGUUUUGACUUGUGUUUUUCUCAACAACAAGAUGGGUUCGAGCUCAAGAGAAGGCUGCGACCUGAGGAUCGUCCUGCUGGGGAAGACUGGAUCAGGAAAGAGUGCAUCAGGGAACACCAUCCUGGGACAGGAUGUUUUCACCUCAGAGGCUUCUCCAUCCUCUGUGACCCAGACAUGUAAAAAAGAGUCUGGCUGCUUUGAUAAAAGAACUGUGACUGUAGUCGACACUCCUGGUAUCUUGGACACAUUGAUUAAGGAAGAGCAGCUUAAAAGUGAAAUGUCUCAAAGUCUCACACUGACUGACCCCGGACCACAUGUGUUCCUGCUGGUGAUCAGACUGGAUGUACGGUUCACAGAAGAGGAGAAGUCUGCCAUCAAGUGGGUCAAAGACAACUUUGGUGAGGAAGCCUCCAAACACACACUGGUGCUUUUCACCAGGGGGGGUGAGCUCAAGGAGGAUGAGCUCAAGGAGAAGUCCAUUGAGACUUUUUUACUCGAGGGACCCGAACUAAAGGAGUGUAUCAGUGGUUUUACGGCUGGGUACAUUGUGUUUGAAAACACAUGCAGAGAUAAUCGCACUCAGGUGGCUGAUCUGUUUAAAAAGAUAGACAAGAUGCUGCAGUUGAAUGGUUACCACCACCCUUAUACCUGGAGCAUGUACGAAGAGGCCCAGAGAAAGAAGAAUUCAAGGGAAUGGUGGAGCAAGUGGGGAAACCGUUUGAACAAGUACGGUACUCAUUUUAUAGCUGGAGCAACAAUCACAGCUGGUGCUGGUGCUGGUGCUGCUAUGGCAGCAGAAGAAGUAGUAGUUGAAGCCGUAACACCACUUAUAAUGGGAGCAGGUGGAGGGAUUUUAAAAGGCCUUGGGUGGUGGAUAACACCUAAAAAGUGAGAGUCAUGUCAUUAUCCUUUAAAGUUACAGAGAGGAACUUUUAACCGGUCUUUGUGUAAUAGAUCUGUAUGACUAUAUACAUAGUAAACGAGACCAUCAAUCCAAGUUAAGAUUGUUUUUUUUAUGAAGUUAUUCUGAAUACUUGUCAUUGGUGCAUACAGGUCUGAUUUUUGCUGAGGCAGGGGAUAUCAAGCCGGUACCAGAAUCAGAACCUGCAGUCAGAGCAACACAAAAGGAAAGUUCCUCGUAGUAACUUUAAGCAAACUUGUGAAGUGAUUCCAUUUAUUGCCUUUUUGAAUACAUGUAGGAAAAAUUGCAUUGCCUAAUGUUCAUUCAUAAAUAUCAAACACAACCUGCAUUGAACGAUAUAUAAACUCUGAAUAACCAAUCUUAUAUUGAUGCUGUACACUCUUAUCCUGAAAAUGAUUUUGUAUUGAAAACACUAUUCUUCCUUGUGUAUGUUUUACUAGUAAUAAUGAAAUAAAACAAUGUGGCUUUAACUUUUGAAACUGUUGUUUGAUGUAUUAA